AUGUCGCUGGACGCCCUCCCCUCUCUCCCUCUCUUUCUUGAAGCCAAGAAGCAUGCGCUAGUCAAUCCGGAUAAAAUCGCCGUUAUCGAUACGGCCAAGCGCCAGCAGUUUACCUUUGCCCAGCUCCUCGCCGAUGCGGCGGCACUGAAAAAGCGCAUUCUCGAGCAAUUGGACCUCACCAGUACUGGAGACCUGGACGAGAGGCGUGUUACCUUUCUAGUUCCCAAUGGAUAUGACUAUGUCGUCACGCAAUGGGCUAUCUGGGCCAGCGGCGGCAUCUGCGUACCCCUCUGCACUUCCCACCCCGUGAAGGAGUUGCUAUACACAAUCAGCGACUCAGACCCCUCCCUCAUCAUCAUCCACCCAGCAUUCGAGAAAUUCGAAACACCACUCCGCGAGAGCACCACCGACUCUCCCCGCCUCUUCAUGACCCUCACGCCCUUCAACGCAACCCCCUCCCCCACGCAACUCCCCGAGUUCACCCCAAUCUACCACCCCGAGCGCCGCGCCCUCAUGAUCUACACAAGCGGCACAACAGGCAAGCCCAAAGGCGCAAUCACCACCCACAAAACAAUCACCUUCCAAGCCCAAUGCCUCAUCCAAGCAUGGCAGUACCAGCCCACCGACCACCUCAUCCACGUCCUCCCCCUGCACCACAUCCACGGCAUAAUCAACGGCCUAACAGCAACGCUCCUCGCCGGCGCCACCGUCGAAAUGCACCCAAAGUUCGACCCCGCAACAAUCUGGACCCGCUGGACAGACCAAGGCACAUCAACAAUGUUCUUCGCCGUCCCAACCAUCUAUGCCCGUCUCGUCGACUACUUCGACACACAGAUCCGCGGAACAGAGCGCGAAACGCCCGCCCGCAACGGCGCCGCAGCCCUCCGCCUCCUCGUCUCCGGCUCCGCCGCCCUCCCAACCCCCAUCAAGACCAAAUUCGCCGCCAUCACGAACCAAACCCUCCUUGAGCGCUACGGCAUGACAGAGAUUGGCAUGGGUCUGAGCUGCGGUCUCGAAAACGCCCAGCGCAUCGACGGCAGCGUCGGUUGGCCGCUCCCCGGCGUGCAGGUCCGACUAACGGACAAGGAAACCGGCGCUGUCAUCGACGCUGUCGACGUGGACGGCAUGAUCGAGGUCAAGGGGGACAACGUCUUCUCCGAGUACUGGCGGCGGCCCGAGGCCACGGCCAAGGAGUUCACGGCAGAUGGGUGGUUCAAGACGGGCGACGUUGCGCGCCGGAAUGAGCAGGGCGCGUACUUUAUCCAGGGGCGGGCCUCGGUCGAUAUCAUUAAGUCUGGCGGGUAUAAGAUCUCGGCGUUGGAAGUUGAGCGCAAGCUGCUUGCGCUGGAUGAGGUUGCGGAGGUGGCUAUUGUUGGUAUUGCGGAUGAGGAGUGGGGGCAGCGUGUUGCUGCGGUUGUGAAGCAGAGGCCUGGUACGGAACCACUAGAACUGCAGGCCCUCCGCACGCGUCUGAAGCAGGAAAUGGCGCCGUAUAAGAUUCCUACUGUGCUGAAGCUCGUCGAUGGCAUUGAGCGGAACGCCAUGGGCAAGGUGAAUAAGAAGGACGUCAUAAAGAAAUACUGGCCUGAAUUGGCUGAAUAG